AUGACCAGUGGAGGCGAUAACAAGGAGGAAAACACCCUUGAAAAUUCAUCUUUGGAACAAUCCUCGAAUCAGAAGGCGACUCCUUCGGCGGCUUCUGUUGAGCCCGAGCUCGAUGACUUUGGCUUGCCCAAAAGACCGGUGAGAGCGAGCCGACCCGCAGAGUUGGACGACAGUGACGAUGACCACGAUACGUUUCAUGACGCCGAAGUCCCUACGGAUAUAAAUGGUGCAAGUGAGGAAGACACUAAACAAGCAACCUGCAAGCCACACCAGACAGCGGAGAAGCCUUUAGAAUUAGUUGACAAGAGUAACAAACAAUCGUCACCGGAUGUUGCAUCUGAGGGAGGGGCGAUAUUCAAGGAGUCGAAGGCACACAAGGAGAGUCAAGUCGUUGGUGAGGGAUCAGGUGUCGAGUCGAAACCUGCAGAGAAUAUUCCACCUUUAGACACCGCCGUGAAACAGGAUGAACAGACAGAGGAUAGCCCUACAUCCCCAAGAGCGUCCCGAAUAUCUGGGACAGUUAUACCAAAGCGUAAUCCACGAUCAGCUCCCGCCACGGCCUCCGAGUGGUCUCACCAAAGGCAAAUUGCGGCUGCAACCCAAUCAGAUGACGAAGACGAAGAGGAAGAAUGGCAGCCGAUGCCAGCCAUUGACGAAUUUGAUAUCUACGAUGAUAACGGUCGUCUAGUGGCGAAAGGUCACCGAGAAACUGACUCAGACACAAAUGCCUAUGCUGGCAUUGGAGGUGCUGGGAAGGGGUAUACGAGAGUGCAGCUCGACGAAGAUGCACAAUCUGCUACAAGUCUGGAUGAAGAUACGAAUUAUCUGUUUCGGAAUGGGCAGAAAAUGGAAGACAUAGAGGCCAAUGCUGAUGACGAGCAGCGGGAUGCUCCCAGCCAGCUGCAAGCGACCAAAGAUCUCCUGACAGAAGGCCAGCGGAUUGCCUAUGUCGGCGUGGUCCGUUUGACGAUCCACAAAAUGUUUACAGCAUUAGGCGACCUAGAGAAGACAAAGUCCGUGCGGAAAGAAUUGGUAAAAUCUUUGGAGAGUAUGGAUAUGUGGGGACAGAAGAUGAUGGUUCGGUUAUAUACUCACAUGGAUAUCAACCAGGCCGAGCAGAUCAUGAUCGAGCAACUCGCUGAGCACGGGGUACAGCCUUCUGACCUCGUUGCACCCCUCAUGUUGAAUGCAAAAGUAAAGAAUCCUAUGGCCGAUGAGACUGCGACCGAGACCUCGAGGCCAGACGUCUCGCGAAACCGAAAUUCGGCAACCUCCGCGUCCUCACUGAAAGGCGAUGUCUCUUUGAAAGAGGUGCAGGAGGGCGAAGAAGUUCCUGAAGUCCACGGACCGGAAGAUAUGCCUCACACAAAGGAGAUUGAACUCGACUUGCGAUGGACUGUCUUAUGUGACUUAUUCCUAGUCCUGAUAUCAGAUGGCCAGUAUGACUCUCGAUCGAGACGACUACUUGAACGGGUUGGCUCCACCAUGGAUAUUAGCUGGAUUCAGAUAUGUCGAUUUGAGAAGAAGGUUAUUGAUGCUCUAGAAAUGCAAGAAGCAGAGGCCAAGGAGAACUGGGAUGAAUCUGAAAACAUGGAGAAACGACGUGUACGCUCUCUCAAGAAGAAAUACAUGGUCAUGGGUCUUGCGACUGUUGGCGGCGGUCUUGUCAUUGGUCUGUCAGCAGGUCUACUUGCACCCUUCAUUGGCGCGGGUCUGGCAGCUGGUUUCACAACAAUCGGUGUCACUGGUACUGCGGGUUUUCUGGGAGGAGUCGGUGGAGCAGCUCUGAUCACUUCCGCAGCCACAGCAGCCGGUGGAACCAUUGCUGUUCGAGCUGCAGAUCGGCGGACGGGUAGCGUGAAGACGUUUGAAUAUCGACCGCUACACAACAACAAAAGGCUGAAUCUAAUCUUGACAAUCUCUGGCUGGAUGACUGGUAAGGUUGACGAUGUCCGCUUGCCCUACAGCACUGUUGAUCCUAUCAUGGGCGACAUCUACUCCCUUCUUUGGGAGCCAGAAAUGCUCCGGUCGAUGGGUGACACUAUCAAUAUCCUCGCCACGGAAGCCUUGACCCAAACCGUUCAACAAGUCCUCGGAAGCACGAUAUUAAUCACUCUAAUGGCAUCAAUACAGUUGCCGGUUGUGCUUUCUAAAUUGGCUUAUCUUAUUGACAAUCCGUGGAGUGUAUCCCUCGAUAGAGCGACAGCUGCAGGUCUUAUCUUGGCGGACUCGUUGAUUGACAGGCACCUUGGACAAAGACCAAUCACUCUGCUAGGUUUUUCCCUUGGAUCAAGGGUCAUCUUUUCCUGCCUGAAAGAGCUGUCGAACCGUGGAGCAUACGGCCUGGUCCAGAAUGUUUAUAUGUUCGGCUCCCCUGUGGUUGCCAACAAGGACGAAUAUCUGCGAGCUCGUUCCGUUGUUUCGGGGAGGUUUUUGAAUGGAUACGCUUCUAACGACUGGAUUCUGGGAUAUUUGUUUCGGAUGACAUCUGGUGGUAUCAUGCGAGUUGCUGGGCUUGCGCCGGUAGAAGGAAUUCCGGGGGUGGAAAAUGUCAAUGUAAGUGCAUGGGUUAAAGGCCACAUGUCCUAUCGUACUGCCAUGCCACGGCUAUUGAGAGAAGUGGGUUGGGAAGUCGAAAGCGAUGAGUUCACUGAGAUCGAAGAUCCGGAUCCGGAAAAUCACGCAGCACGGCAGCGAGAGCUUAUUCUGCAAAUCGACGAAGCCAGAAAGAAAGCCGAAGAGAAACCCGAGAAGAAGCGCUUCGGGCUUUUCAAACGAGGCAAACUGGCUGAGAAACAAGGUUGGGAGAGGUAUAAUGUGAAUGACACCAGCGACAGGAGGAACCCCAGCAAUACUCCAGAGCCCGGUACCAACGCCGAUCUCAACGUGUUGUUUGACGUUGAUGCAAUUCGAAGAGAGCUGGCAAGCGAAAUGAUUGAGGUCAGAGAGUUAGACAGCACCUUGCCUCCAAUGCAAAUAAUGUCAGUCAAGGACGGAGAAAAACAUGUCGAAUACCUGCGCCUUCCACCUGGGAUGAAGCCUGAGGAAAUCGCAAGGCUGAACCUCCCACCACGACCUGACGAGAUUGAUGUUUCCUUCGCCCCUAUACAGCAGCCUUCCGCGAUUCGGCCUGCACGGUCAUCAUCUUUAAGACCCGCCUCUAUAGCGAGCCCCCAGCUCUCUCCUCGUAUCAGCCCACAAAGAUCUCCUCAACGGUCUCCGGACCCGAGUAGGCGGUCGUCCUGCGCGAAUUCAGAGCCAAGGGAGUUAGCUAGCACAUUACCAGCUCUCAGCACUACGGGUUCUGCAUCUUCGAAACCGGACAUUUACAACGCGCCUCUGGGUCCUCGACCGGAACUCAAACCACAUGCGACCGAUUCCUCCGUACCAAGCUGGGGUCGGCCGUCGACUACAUCCGACUAUACAACUACUCCGCCGAUGCCAGGGCUGGAUUUGGAACGCAACGCCUGGGCUGAUGAUGAUGAGUUUGGGCAGAGCCGCGGUGAGAUCAGUAUGACCUUUGAAUGA